UCAUUAAAAAACGCGCGACCAUUAACAAUCUAAUGUUUUACUGAUAAAAUAUUUCUAGAAUUUUAGUGCUUCUUUUGAAUGGAAUUGAGACAACAUGGCACUACUUCUAAAGAAAGGUAUAUAUGUAGUAGCAGGUAAAAGAACGCCUUUUGGAAAAAAUGGAGGUUUACUUCGUGAAGUUUUGGCUGAGGACCUGUUCGCCACAGCAGCCACUGCAGCCCUGAAGGCUGGUAAAAUAGCCCCUGAUGUUAUAGACACCGUCAACAUUGGGCAGAUUAGUUCAUUAUCACAACAUGGAAUGUCAGGUCGGCAUGCAGCUCUGAAAGCAGGCAUUCCUGCAGAUCGACCUGUUCUCAGUUUAAACCAAAUGUCUGGAUCCGCCUUUAGUGGCAUAAUCUGCAGCGCACAGAUAUUCUCGGACACAAGAGGUUUUUUCGACGAGGAGCUGGCUCCAGUGACAGUAAAGGACAAUGACCGAGAAAUUAUAAUGACGAAAGAUGAACAUCCACAGCCUGACAUCACAUUUGACGAGCUCAGUCAAUUGCCACCUUUGUUCGAAAAUGGACUCGUCACAACUGGUAACUGCACCGGAGCAAAUGACGGCGCUGCUGCAGUGGUCUUGGCGAAUGAAGAAGCUUUAACUACCUACAACUUGAAACCUUUGGCACGAUUAGUGGGCUGGUCAACUCUUGGAAUAGAUCCAGUGAUGAUGGGGAUCGCAUCUAUUCCGGCUACACAGGCACUUCUCAAGACUACAGGACUGUCUAUUGACGACAUAGAUUUAUUUGAGAUACAUGAAACAUACGCGGCGACAGCAAUUAUUAUUGCCAAGGAGCUAGGCGUGGAUCACAACAAACUGAACCUAAACGGAGGAGCAAUCUCUAUCGGUCACCCGUCGGGAGCUUCGGGGGCAAGGCUAUUAAUCCACCUUACCAAUGAACUCAGGUAA